AUGGUUAAAUGUGGUAAAAAAAUAGCAACAUCUGGAACUAACAAGAAACAAAAUGAAAAAGAAAAUUUUGAAGUGUAUGUUCUUAUGCGUGAUAUCGUCUCAGAUGUACAUCAUGUCAUACAAAGAAGUAAAGUGAUUUCAUCAAAAAAACUUCAAAAGCUUGAACCUGGCGAUGAAAUUAGUUUUGGUCAACGAGGUGGUCGUAUGCGUGGUAUUAUUCUUAUGAUAGGAACAGGAAAGCAAUGCAAAAAUUCUCUAUGUAUUAUUCAAAAAGCAAAUACUUCAAAUAGUAAAAUGGAUAAGAGUAAAAAUAAGAAUGUCGAUGAAGCUGAAAGUAAAACAGAUGAUAUGAAUUAUGCUGAAGCAGAUGAAAAUAAUGAAGAUAUAUUAUCAGUUGGUGGUGAAGAAGAUGAUUCUGCUGUUGAAAAUGAUUCUCUUCAUAUCGAUGAAGCGACAUCAUUAAAAACUAUUGCUACGUCAACUUCUUUCAAUCGUUCUCAAUCAACUAACACAAUUAAUGGAAGUGUACAAUCAAAUAUGCAUGUUACACUUCAACGACAGAUUAAUUCCCUAGAAGCUCAAGCUUUGGAAUAUCAAACGAUGUGGAUGCGUGAGUAA